GACCGGAGGGGCGGGGCCUCCUGGAAUGAAAGGGUGAACCUGGAUUGAGGGGUGAGCCGGGAGAAACUGGUUAUCAGGGUGACAAGGGAACGGCUGGUAAUCCAGGGCCGAUGGGACCACGCGGAAAACCAGGACCUCUCGGGAAACCGGGUGAACCGGGACCGCAGGGGCCUCCGGGGCCACCAGGACCUGAGGGUUUCCCAGGAGACAUUGGUACACCAGGACCCAACGGCCCCCUGGGACCAAAGGGUCUUCAAGGAGCCCAAGGCACCCAGGGACCGCCAGGGCCAAAAGGAACAGAGGGAGACGAAGGCCCCCCGGGUCCACUUGGAAAGUCUGGUCCCACUGGAGAAAUUGGUGAUCCAGGGAAUCCUGGGAAACACGGCCCCCCUGGUCCGGCGGGACUGAUUGGAAUAACCGGAGUGAUCGGACAACCUGGAGAAAAGGGCGAUCGAGGUCCUCCUGGUCCUUUGGGUCCUCCAGGAGAGAAAGGUUCAACAGGGUAUCUGGGUCUUCCAGGAGGUCCUGGGGAUUUCGGCCCACAAGGUCCACCAGGUCCACAAGGGCCGAGAGGAGCAGCAGGCCUUCCCGGGCCGAAAGGGCGAAGGGGCCCGAGGGGACCUGACGGUCCUCCAGGAGAGCUGGGCCCUGAGGGCAUAAAGGGUGAAAAGGGAUCGCCAGGGAACAAUGGACCUCCGGGAUUCAUCGGUAAAGCUGGAGCUCCAGGGAAGAGAGGAGCAGCAGGAGCGCCUAUAAACACUGCUUUAAUGCUGCAGAUGGGUGAUGAUGUGAUCCAGUGA